UGCGCUCUUAAAGCGAACGUCGGAGGCGGAACCUGAACCGACAGUUGUGUGUUUCUGGAGGAACUUUGAAAGUUUGACAGCGCGUCCAGUUCAGUGGUAGGUACGGUGUGGUGACAGGUGGACAGGUCGGUAGAUACACCUGCUGAGGCUCGUUACAACCGGCAGGGUUUCAGCUGAGAGGCGGACAUGGUCUCCACGAUCCAGAACACGGACGUGAAGCAGAAAGAUGCUGAUCGUGCAGUGGUCGUCGCGGUAACGUCUCGCGCAGUGUUCGAAUCUGGAGCUGAUGAUGGUGAUGACGUGUACGGAGCAGGUGUGGCUUUCCCGCUGCUGCAGAAACGGGCAAAGGUAGAACAUUACGGUAAUCUUACUUUUACCAUCACCAGCAGCACCAGACAUUACGGUCUUGAAGUCAGCAGGUUCUGUUUUUCCAGCGAGGAGGAUUUCAUCGAGAGUUUACUGAAAAAUAACGUGCAGCUCUUCCUGUCGACGGACAGAAACGAGGAGCCACGGGCAUCGCAGAAAGGUGUUCUCUCAGCGCUGCUGGACCAGCAGGUAGCUCCGUCAGAGCAGCUCAGAGUAAUGUUCUGCGGAGACGCUGUCAUCCGCCCCGACACUGACCCGAUGCCGGCGAGCCGACUGGCCGCUCAGAAUUUCUCGGCUCAGCUCGGCAAGAUGCGGCAGAGGUUCAGCAUGUUGGACAGCCCUCUCAGCAUCGUCCUGGUGACGUCACAUGGCGGCAGGGAAAGCUGCGGCGGUGCCCUGCGGACACUGCGGUCCCGUGGCUUGAGCGUGGACGAGGCGUACUGUCUGGCUGGGGCCCCGCGGAGCCCUAUCCUGUCUGUGCUCCGGACUCACUUCCUGCUCAGCGACGGCUUCUGCACCCUGGAGGAGUGAUGACGUCCCAAUCUGUCACAUGACCUUGCAAUAAAACUUCACUGUGUCUUUGAAACAAGCUGCCAAAUCCUCAGAUAGAGCUCAGAGUGAAACACCUGUUUGAACAAAACGUCUCGGCUCAUUGAGCCUCAAAGAGCUAAUCAGUGAUCCUGAUGUAAAGUUAAGAUGAUGCCAAAAUUCAAACCACAGGAUUGGACAAAGUCAAACAGCAGUAAACUGACUGUAUGUUUUGUUCACAAAUAUGUAUUUUAGUUUUUAAAUUAGAUGAUAAAAAAAACUAAUUAGUAUGUGUGCAGCUGUAUUACAGUCCAGUAGGGGGCAGUCUUACUGCAAUCUAAACAUUUUAAUGAUGAGGGAGAAACGUGAAUUUGUAAAUUCUACACUAAGCUGAAGUCACUGUGUUUGAACUUUGACCCUUAAUGUUGGAAUUGCUAAGCAGAGGCAGUUUGUCGUCUAUAAUUUCAUCAGUUUAACUGUAUUUAAGUGUUUUUUUUUGUCUGUUACUUUUUGUUUCCUUGCAGCUGUGUGUCUGAUAACAGUCUUUAUUUAAACCUCAUCUUGUACUCUGCUGCUCUGUCAUUUAGUGUUAGACCAGUUCAGCUAUCAGAUCGACAUGUUGACAGGACAACAGCCUCAUUCUGUUUCUGAAGCUCUGUAUAUUUUAACAGUGACAUAUUACGGAGCCUCUGAAGUCCUGAAAGAUGAUAUUAUUUUGUAUCUUGUGCGCACAACUUCUCAUUAAAGUGUCAGAAGAUCUGUCUUAGUACCACACCUGUGGUUCUGAUAUGUGGACUGAAGAUAGCCCUACAGAAAGAAUUAAAAAGCAAAAGGGAAA